AUGGGAAUGGAAAUCGAUGUUCGUACCGAGCGCGUCGAGAAAGGAUUGGAGAGAAUGGGCGGGUUAUUAGUUCCCUCGCUGACUGAUGCGGUCAAGCAAGAUCUACAACACCCGUCCAAAUGCUCAUCCGCAACCGUGACAACCUUACGCCAGCUGCUUACGGGCGAUAUCAACGAUGAAAAGCCAGGUGGAAUAAAACCAACGAAGCGCGUAGCAACAAAUAAAACGUCCUCAAAAUCUGGCAGGACUGUCAAAAUCCGAGCUACUUCAAACAGUUCUGUGCCUCCGCCAUCGACGAACGAAACAAACGCGACCAUCCUAUCAAAGCAUGAGAAGCUGGUGCUCGCGACAGAGGUGUUUAAUAUCGCGUCAAAAUUACUCUCCGAGCAUAUAAAGAAACUGUCAGCGUCUCGACGUAUUAAGACGUCUGGGGAAAAUGGAAAACAGGCAGAGAGAAACGGUAGCCUGUCAAAAACGCCGCUGCAGCCAUCAUCACCCAACCCAAGGAUCCGACCAUUAGACAAUUCAAAGGAUACUUCAGAGGAAUGCACCAAAUCCAAGGGGAAAUGCCGAAUUAAUAUAAUUGCCGAAUGUGCUAUGCUUUCCCUGGAGACACUUCGUGACAUACGGAUCUCUGAGAACAGCUUCGACCCGAGCAAUCUUCAUCUCGGCCAGGGUAUAAAUAUUUUGGUUGGGAAGCUUCUGGUUGCCGGGUUACAUGACUUAGCUAUUAAAGGGCUAUGGAUGCUAAAGUUCACCAUUCAGAUUGCUAUUGAAGCCGAACGGACAAAAAGGGACCAUGGAUUAGAUAAAAAGUACUUGAUUCCUCAGAAUGCCUCGCUGGAAUCACUUUUGGAAUUUUGCAGCCUCCCAGAAAAUGGCCCCCUUCUACAGCUCCUUAUAUCGUUUCAAGCAUAUGCCCUCAAAGUCCUCAUCGCUGAAGGGAACCUCAGCACAAGCCAUAAAGUCAUUCAGCAACUAAGGUUAGGGAAUCCUUCUAGCCCUGCUAAUGCAAUUCUUACGGCACAUAAUAUGGGAAGUAUCUCGGACGAUAAAGCAGCCCAGCAACUUCAAUCACACUCCCAAAGCAUCCUUACCCUUUCUAUCAUACUCUCCCCCGCGGAGGACCGCCCAUCCGCCCGCUCAGUCAACCUGACAGUACCAUUACUGCUACAGUUCCUUGCAUUAGAAGUUCGCUGUAUCUGGUGGAAAUUAUCCGGUCAUAAUUGCGACCAAAACAAGGAACUUUGGGGCCCUCUUUCUCGAUUCAUUACUACAUAUGUCCGAAGAUGCCCAAAUUCAAAAAAGCAUGAAUUUGAUAGCAUUCAAGACGCGUUUAGGCAGCUGAAAGCACGGUUAGAGUCAAAUGGAUACAUCGAAGGUGACGGACACAAAUUCUCGUCCAUGGCUACGAUUGCAAAGACACUUAGCCAAAUAGCUUAUAGCGCUGGUCGCUUAGAAAUUGCAGCUGAACUCUGUGAAGCUUCUUCCACAUCUCUCACCAAUGGACGGCCGCUGCAACGCGCAAUCUGCCAAUGCCGAAGAGCCAUGUUGAAAGUUGAAUCGCUGAAAUCACGGUCUAUCUCGGAGUCCCAGGCUUUAAAAGCAAUUACUGAAGCUGCAAAUGAUUUGACCGCUUCCAUGAAAGGAAACCAAACUGAAUUGGAUGAACUUCUUAUGGAGAGUGCUUUACUCAAAAAGGCGGUUAUGAAAUAUUUCUCUCAAGCAGAAACACAUUCUAAAGAACAGCCAAGUGGUUCAGCCGAUACCAAAUGCUAUGACUCAGUCCUAGUUUAUGUAACAAGUUUCCUUCGCUUCCUUGUACGCUACUUAACGCCAGCAGUUCACGCUUCUCAGAACGAUGAUGUAUAUGCAGUAUCUCAGUGCCUACAGAAAUCAGGGAAUAUUGUUCUGGCUGCAAUAGAUUCAGGGAUUGCCCUCGGAAAACUUUCAUCUGGGGGAACUUGGCUAGCAUGGUCAAAGGUUGAGCCUCUCCUUCCCGGAUGUGUUUCGCUCAGUCAGCUACUCCGAAAACUCGGAUCCUUUUGUGAGCCAGAGAACUGCAUGUCGGCGGAUGCGUCCGUUAGGUUACUAAGGAUUUCGAACUUAUACUGGGCUACCUAUCUACGGUAUAAAGACUUGGGGAAAGACCCAGCUGAACUGCUGCUGCCCGUGGAACAAGCUACAAGUAUCUUGACACAUUGUACUCUUAAAGAACAAAUAUCGGGGCUGAUUGCGAUCAAGUUCGAGAGGCAGGCAAUGUUGUAUUCAGAAAUUGGGAAAGUCAAACAAUCAUCCACGGCUUAUAUUUCCGCGAUACGUGCCCAUCUUGAAGCCGGAGUACUAGAAAAUGCUAGUCGAUUAGCCUUGAAACAACACCGGCGUCAUAUUUGGAAAGACCCUAAAGGGCCUGCAUAUGCAUUGGGCCGGGUAAUUAGUUGCUAUAUCAAGGACCAAGUCAAACAUGAUUCGCGGUCAAACCCGAUCAUAUAUGAUAAUCAAGAGCUCGAAUCAUGCCAAAGAGCAAUGUUGCUUGAGCAACAGGCAAGCAUUCUAAUGGGUAUAUCAGGAUCGGCCACGUCAUCUUCAAUUAUUGAAACCCUAUCGUCAUUGAUAUCCACUAUUCUCUCUUUAUUACCCUUGGAAACCUACCCGAUCCGCCGGACAAUAGUGAUACAUCAAACCUUGCGGUUUUUACUAGAACAUAAUCCCACUUUUGAGAAGCCAUUUUCUGAAUUUAUAUUGAAUGAAGCAACCCAAUGCUUAUCUUCUUCUAUCGCCCCCUGCGAAGACAAACACUUGAUUCUACUUCGAGAUGAUCUCCAGGCGUCACUAAUGGUCUCUGUGGCAUUUUAUUCAGGUGUUCCAUCCAUAGAGAUCCUUGAGAACGCCAUUCAGACUUGGAUCGUCGUUCUUCAAGGCUGUGGAUCCUGGGAGGCUGUUGAAACACGGGUAGGAGACCCUCUUGCUCUAAUGCUUCAAUUACGAAGCCUAUCCGAUUAUCUGGAAGUUCGAGGGCUGUGGAAACUUAGAGUAUCUGCUCUCGCUACCAUUAGCCAACUCCUUGCUUUGCAAAAAAAGGCCGACUUUUCUAUGACGGUUGCUUGCUAUUCCUCUAUGGCGCUACAGUACUGCCGACUAGGGUACUCGGACAAAGCCGAGCACAUACUUACUAAAGCCAAAGUUAUAACAAAGGAGCAUGAGAUUGCUUCUCAUGUCUUACUUUGCUGGCACCUUAGCUUUGCAGAACAUAGCUUUGAAAUAGGGAACUACUCAAAGAGUAUCGAAUGUAUAGUUCAGGCUAAGCCGUUAUUUGACCGCAUUUCGGCUGAACUAUCGAAGGAAAGUUUCCAAACGAGGGCACUGGUUGAGCGUUUAGCGGUAGAUGCUGCAACCAUAUUGUCGAGAUCGUAUUCCGCAAACGGAGAUCCCAACGAAGCUACUUACUAUGCGAAACGGGCUGUCAAGCUCAGCAGCCGGCUAUGGGCUCGGCUAGAGAAAUAUGCGGAAACUAAGUUAGAAAAACAUUGCAAAAGUAAGGCCGCCGCUGACCCAAAUUCCCUCGCAGACGGAAUAUCCGCCCUCAACAUAUCUUCAAGUGUUAGUAAAACAUCAUAUUGUCACUUCGAGGGUUCCGUUUACUGGCCAUACUUGUUUUCUCACGUUGCGGCAUUAUUGCAAUUAUCACGGAUAUCAGAUCAUAACGGCCUUUUUCAAGAUGCCGUUUACCAUGGAGAACAAGCAAUAGCAGCCUGUGAUGCAAUUGGUGCUCAUUCACUCAUGGCCCUCGUUAAAGCUGAGCUAGGUGAUCGUUUUAUACGAGGAGGCCGCACACAUAAAGGAGCUGAGCUCCUCGCGGAGGUACAUAAUGUAUCCCAGACGGUUCCUGAUUCUAUCCACUCCAUUUCACUUAAUAUGCAUAUGACCUCCCUCUACGUCUAUCAAGAGGAGGUUGAAAGUGCUUACCGCAUCGUUUGCGAUUCAAUAAAUGGCCUCUUGACGAUAGCACGGGCCAGCACCAUGGAUUCCCUAGACCCCUUUAUUGACCCUAUGAAGGAAAUAGUGAAACAAUCGAGGGAUAUGGAUAUCAGCUCUCCAAAAAGGUCUAAUGCUCCUGCAGCAACUCGCACACUUCGCUCCCGUAGUGUGAGAAAACCGCAAACAAAGUCAGUUACCCGGUCGAAGAUCUAUAUUCCCGUUGGAUCAGAGGCUACUCAACAGCGGACAAUCUUUACGUUACUACAUAGCAGCCUUCUCCAGAAGCAGGCCAUGCUCUUACUCUCCUCUCAACAGUUUGGGCAGGUAAUUGGCUUACUCGACCAAGCAGAGAAGAUGUCGACAACAGAAACGGCGACCUCUAGCCAUCGCCUUUGCAAAGUACAUUAUAUGCUUAGAGUAGCGGCGCAGCAGCUAUCCGGCCACUCUGUCUUCUGUGUUCUCCCUGAGUCAACCAUCUCACUCCCAUCUCUCUGUUCUAGUGGCGAAGUUUCAAAAGAAUCGUCAAGGUCCAGGUCAAGGACUGGAAGAUCUGCAACGAAAAAGGCGAAAUCCGUUCUGCAUUCAGAAUGUGACUUCUCAGAAACCCUGUCCGCUGCGAGCCACAUUCUUAGAGAAAUUUCCUCACCUAUAUCUCGGCACGGAUCUAGUAAGGACGGCCACGAGGCUUCAUAUCUUCGGAGCCGAACAUCAAUGCUAGCCUUUGCAACGGGAUCGGCGUGUAGUGCCGAUGUAGAUCCAUCCAUUGUCGCACAUUCUAUAGAGCUCGGCCGCAAUUCUUCCUUUUUACGAGAGCACCUAUGCAUCGUCUCUGAUAAAGAACUGUCUAGCCAGAUAGGCCGUUUGGAUUGGCCUGCUCCUCCAUCAGCGGACUUGAGUAUAGCAACCAUGGAAGAAGGCAGCUUCAUGGAAUCCUAUGUUAAUAUUCUACCUGAGGAGUGGGAUGUUAUAUCAAUAACUCUCUGUCCAAGUCAGGAUGAAUUUAUCAUAUCCAAGUUGCGGUCGGGGCAGCAUCCACUCAUUUUGCGUCUACCCCUUAAGCGAGGAGGCGAGGAUGACAUGGACGAGGAAACUUUUAGUUUCCAGGAGGGUAAGGCGGAGUUAUUGGAAAUUAUCCGCCUUGCUAAUGCGAGCGCCCAUAAUACUGGAUCAUAUGUUGGCAAAAAAGAAAAGAAAGAAUGGUGGGCAAACAGAGAAAACCUAGAUAAACAACUGGGAGACCUUUUACAAAAUAUCGAGACCGUAUGGUUCGGAGGUUUCCGUGGCAUAUUUUCUCAAAUUCCUAGAAACGAUGCGCUUCUUGGGAAAUUUAUAAGCGCAUUCAGCAAAAUUCUUGACAAACAUCUUCCGUCAAGAAAAGAGAAACGAGGGAAGGCCAAAAUUGACCAUCCAGCCUUUGACCCAUGGGUAAUGGAAUUAUUCGUUAAUAUUGGCAGUCUCGAUGAUGAAAUGAACCCAGAAGAUGCUGUUAUGGAUUUACUAUACUUUAUCGUUGAUAUUCUUCAGUUCCGUGGGGAGACAAAUGCUUAUGAUGAAAUAGAUUUUGACAUGAUGGUUGUGGAAACGCUUGACGCUUUACACCGUUAUGCGGACGAGUAUAAAUGGGAGCACACUCCAGCUCCAUCCCGGCAUACAAUCCUAGUGCUUGACAAAUCUCUCCAUGCAUUUCCUUGGGAAUCUAUGCAGUGUCUGCGGCAUUCUUCAGUUUCACGUAUGCCUUCACUUCACAGCGUACGAGAUCAGAUUUUGCGAUUUAAAAAUCAGGAAAUCCCUGACAACGGUCAAUUUGGGUUCUAUGCCGAUCGAAAUAGUGGAACGUAUCUGCUAAAUCCUGCUGGUGACCUCAAGUCUACAGAAACCGCCUUCAGAGCGCCACUGUCAGCUUUAAAAGGUUGGACAGGCCGAAUGAAUACGGCGCCAACAGAAGAGGAAUUCGAGACCUCGUUGCUGAGCAAGGAUAUUAUGCUCUACUUUGGGCAUGGUAGUGGAGCUCAGUAUAUCCGUGGCCGAACAAUUCGAAGGCUAGAGAGAUGUGCCGUCACCUUCCUCAUGGGAUGUAGCAGCGGCGCAAUGACAGAGGCCGGCGAUUUCGAGCCUUAUGGAACACCAUGGAACUACAUGCAUGCUAGAUCCCCUGCCUUAGUAGCAACUCUCUGGGAUGUUACGGACAAGGAUAUUGAUCGCUUCGCUACAUCAGUGUUCGAGCAAUGGGGCCUUUUACCGGCUUCAGCCCCAACUCCCAAAAUGCCCAAACACACCGGCCAAGUGUGCCUAGAUACAGCUGUAGCUGACUCCCGGGACUCUUGUAUACUUAAAUACCUGAACGGAGCAGCGCCUGUCGUGUAUGGAGUUCCAGUAUUUUUAAAAUAA